AUCUAAAAUCGUUUCACUAAGUUAGAAAAUAACAUGAAGUCCAUCUUUGCAUUCUUCGUUCUCUUCUCUAUUCUCUUGGUGGGAAACAUUAGCUAUGCAAGAAAAGACGCGGGAGAGUACUGGAAUAGCAUAAUGAAAGACCAACCAAUCCCAGAAGCAAUCAGAGAUCUUUUCUAUGAUCAAGAUCUGCCGUCUGAUCUCACCGGUCCAACAAAACAUGAUCGCUUUGUUCGGGACUUCGAUGUUCAACCUAAUGUCAUCAUAUACCACAGCCACGCCCAGCCUCAAGGAGAGGAUAAUCAUAAACCUUCAGUUCAUAAUCAUCAUCAUGAAGAGCUUGAAGAAACUCAUUAAGAAAAUCAGCCCUGACUGAAUCAGGCUCAUAUAUAUUUCUAUAUAUAUAUAUAUAACUAAUAUAUAUGUAUACAUGAUUUCUCUAUUAUAACAUAUUAGACAAAAUUUGAAGCAGAGGGCUGAUGAUCAUGUUUGUUACCAUAUUUUGUAUCUAGUUGUAUUUUUGUGAUUUAGUAUUUUAUAGGUUGUGCUUGGA